AUGUCCUUCUCAAAUCUUGUUUCCGACAUCGCAUUUCGCGACUCAAACGCAGAUGAGCGUGGUUCAACAAUCUCCCAUGCCCAGUCACGCGCUGCUCGAUCAUACGCCAGCACCACAGCCACCAGUGUCAGCAUCUCUGGAGAUAUCUCCAGCCAACUCCAUGCUGGAUACAGUCACCCACUGAGCCGAUCAUGGCAAGCAGAGCGCCAAUUGACAAAGGAAAUGCUCAUCUACCCGCUCUUCAUAACCGACAACCCCGACGAAGAAACACCAAUCCCCUCCCUCCCAAACCAAUACCGCCGAGGCGUCAACAAACUAAUCCCCUUCCUCGCCCCUCUAAUCCGCAAGGGCCUAAGCUCAGUAAUGCUCUUCGGCGUCCCCUUACACCCCUCCGCAAAAGAUGCCCUCGGCACAUCCGCCGACGACCCCUCCGGCCCCGUAAUUUCCGCAAUCCGACUCCUACGCACCCGAUUUCCAAAACUCUACAUAACAACCGACGUCUGUCUCUGCGAAUACACAUCCCACGGCCACUGCGGUAUCCUCCGCGAAGAUGGAACCCUCGAUAACGCCCAAUCCGUCGACCGAAUCGCAGACGUAGCUCUCAGCCUACGCAAUCGCAGGCGCACACUGCGCGUCGCCCACCGCGUCCUCCUCAUGUCCUACUCUGCCAAAUUCAGCGGAUGUUUGUACGGCCCCUUCCGUGAUGCGGCAGGCUCUUGUCCCAGUUUUGGCGAUCGGCGGUGCUACCAAUUACCCCCCGGCGGACGGGGACUGGCGCGGCGCGCGAUUGUUCGCGAUAUGAACGAGGGGGCGGAUAUUAUUAUGGUUAAACCUGCUAGUAGCUACCUGGAUAUUAUUCGGGAUGCGAAGGAUCUAGCGCAGGAUUUGCCUGUUGCUGCUUAUCAGGUUAGUGGGGAGUUUGCUAUGAUUCAUGCAGGAGCCAAGGCGGGUGUUUUUGAUUUGAAGAGUAUGGCUUUUGAGAGUACUGAGGGGAUUUUGAGAGCUGGGGCUGGAAUUGUGGUCAGUUAUUUUACGCCUGAGUUUCUUGAUUGGCUGUGA